UUUAAUUUCUAAAUCAAAAUCUUUUUAGAUGUUUCUUAUUCCUUUUGUUUUUAGAAUUGGGGGUAUCAGUUUUCUUGCAAAUUCAACGCUUUUCUAUAUUCUAGCGCCCCCUUGUGUGAUCUGUUGCGUCCAAAACCGCCAUUUUCUGGUUCAAUGAUUGUGUGGACUCUGAUUUGGGUUCAAAUGUUGCGAUUCUCUCUCAUUUCUCUCCGAAAAUCGCUGCAAUCCCUAUCUUCAUUGCCAGAUCGACCCAUCUCAGUUUGAGGUAGGAUUAGCAGAAUUCUGCGGUGUUUGAUUGAUAAGAGAUAAGGGUUGUAUCAUAAGGGAGGGUGCAAUGGGUGAAAGUGUUUCAGAAUCUGAGAUUAAAGGUGUGAAAGAAGCACUUGGAGCUGGACAACAGCUUCUACAGAAGCUUUAUACAGAGCUGGACAAGGAAAGGGAAGCGUCAGCGACUGCAGCAAGUGAAGCCCUAUCGAUGAUUCUGCGUUUGCAAGAAGAAAAGGCUGCUAUGAAGAUGGAAGCAAGUCAAUAUCAAAGAAUGGCAGAGGAACAAAUAUCCCAUGCUGAAGAUUAUCUUGCUGGGUUUGAAGAUAUGAUAUAUCAAAAAGAGAUGGAAGUUGCUUCUCUGGAAUUUCAAGUGGAGUCUUAUAGGUAUAAACUGUUGAGUUUGGGUUGCCCUGAUUUAGGUCCUUGUGAACCCAGUUUUGCAGAUAAAGUUUUGGUUCAAAACAAGGAAUUGGGGGGUUCAAAUGGAGAAACCAAGGUGAGAAGAGCAAAGUCGCUGCCUCCGAGUCAAGUCGACGAAAGAGAUGCUGCAGAAAUGGUGGAGGCAUUUGAGAUCCAUAAACUGGAUUGCUGCCCAAGUACCGUUCGACAUCCUAACCGUUGUUCGUGGGAACAAAUCGAAAUGUUAGAUGAACAAAUAAAAGAGAUAUCUGAUCCUAAAGGUAGUGGUGAAGAUAGAUUUGAAUGUUUGAAUGGUGGGAUUGCUAUUUGCCCUUCAAGCAUUCAAGAUAAACCUGGUGUAAGCCCGAAAUGUUCUUCUUCUUUAUCAAGUGUUCAUGAUAUUUUCGAGAUCCCAGAGGCCAACAAACAGAAUCUUACUCUUAAAACUUGUCAAGCUAAGAUUCAACUUCAGAAAAAGUUGAUAUUUGAAGGUGAAAAUAGACUAGGAAAGCCAGAUCCAUUACCCAUUGAACCGUUUAGACUGUACUAUGAACAUGAACAAAAAACCAAGGCAAAGAAUGGUUCUAGUUGCAAAACCCUGAAGAACAAAUCAUCAAAAUCAAGGAAAGGAAAAGCUAUAGAACAAAUUGAUGAAAUUGUUGCUGAAUCUCAACCUUUUCAGCAACUUUGCCGUGUAAUAACUCAGCUGGAACAGAAUAGAGGCAGUAUAAGGCAAGAGAUUAGUAGUGCAGGAGCAGAGGAGAUGAGACUGCUGCAGGAGAUACAAAAACAGCUGACUUCUAUUCAAUCCGAGAUGAGGAGUUUCAAACUCAA